GAUAUGUGGGAUACACAAUACACGUAUGCCCAGAUAUAUAUUGGAUAUAUACCAGAUAUUUAUUGGACAUACGUAUAGGGUAUAUAUUGGAUACAUAUGGAACUUUUAUAGGAUACAGAACAGACAGCUCAGACAUAUAUAGCACAUAUAUAAAACAUAUAUUAGACAUAGAUAUGUAUAUAUAAAUAGGGCAUAUAUGGAGCACACACAGAACAUGUGUUGGCCAUAUAUCAAGCCCAGCUGUGUCUCUGGGGAUAUACUGCUCUCUCUGCAGCUUCCCGGGGAGGUUUGAGGGAAUCGCAUCCAGCCUCCAGCUCCUUGCCCUCCUGCUGGGAUCCCUGUGCUCCUGGGAGCUGGCAUGACCCUGUUCCCACGCCCAGGGCAUGGGACAGGGAGUGGCUGUGACCAGUGCUCCAGGAUGGGUGGGGACGGGUGAUGCGGUUUAAUCCACAGUGAAGAUAAAUCCCAGAAGGAAAAUCUGGGGAAAGGGAGGCAGAGGGAAUGCACAUGGAGGACUUUGGAUGCCCUGUGGCACUGCCAGCAGGGCACAGCCAGGGCACAGCAGGGAUUUGGGGUAACUGGCUGAGUCAGAUGCCGCUGGGGCCAUGCCACUGUGUCCCCUGGUCACAUGGGUAUGCCAGGAGUGGCGUGUCCAGAUGUCACCACUGUCCCCACUGGCUCUGGGGAGCUGGGCACACACCAGCCUUCUCCUUUCCCCCUGGAUAACUUGAUCCAGCUGGGCAUCCUGCCUGGCACCAGUUCCAUUCCCUGUUCACUGGGACUGUCUCCAAGCACGGGAUAAGCUUGGUUUGUCCUUGGUCACUGUGACACGGCCACAGGAGGUGACCACAGGGCCGGGGCACCGAGGUCACCGGCGGCACGGGAGCGAGGAGCCCUGGGCAGAGCUCAUCCCACGGGAUCAGCUGAUCCUGAUCCCCCCCCACAUCCCAUCUGGAUAUAAAUGCACAGCGCAGAGCCCUGUGCUCCGUCUGUGUCACUGCCAUGGGACAGAGCUGUUCCUUCCUCCUGCUCCUCUUCCUCCUGUCCCCGUGGCCCAGAGCCACCGUGGCACUCCUGCAGUACCGCCAGGAAUGCGGAGAGCUGGGAAUGCAGCUCCUGGUCCUCCCGCCCCACGGCCGCUCUGUUCGCUUCAAGGUUCUGGACGAGUUUGGCUCCCGCUUUGAUGUGGCCAACUGCUCCAUCUGCCUCCACUGGCUGAAUUCCAGAGAGGACGGCUCCGUCAUCUUCUCCUCUGGCUACAAGGGCUGCCACGUCCUGUUCAAGGAGAACCGCUACAUCCUGCGGGUGCAGCUGGAGGAGCUGCUGUCCAGCGGGAUCCCCGUCACCUCCUAUGAGGUCAACAUGACCUGCCCCACGCCAGGUGGCUCUGAGGUGCUCCCAGAUGGGAAGCGGGAGCAGGCCCGGGACACAGGAGUCCUGUUCUCCCACACUGGCCUGCACCAGCUCUCCGAGUCCUCCCUCACCUUUACGGGAUCCCACUACACAUCCCAAGAUCAUGUGGAGCAGAUUCACACCGUGGGACAUUACGAGCCCAGCUCAGUCCUUCCUGGGAUGCAGCACCAUUCCAGUCCGGCUCAUUCGGGGCUUCUGUCCCAGCCUAGUGGGGCUCAUCCUGUCACCCAAUUCCAGGGAAGCUUCAUCCAGCCGGGAGUGCAGCCACUCCAGACUGGGGGGCAGAACCAGCCAGGGAUGCUUCGCCCAGUGCUUGUAUCCCAAAACCAUCCCAGUUUUGUGCAUCCUGGGGGUCAGACACAGCCGGGGAACCUGCGUCCAGGGUCUGUAUCCCAAAACCAGCCUGGGAUGAUGCACCCUGGGGGACAAAACCAGCCAGGGAUUCGCCCAGGGUCUGUAUCCCAAAACCAGCCUGGGAUGAUGUAUCCUGGGGGACAAAAUCAACCAGGGAUUCGCCCAGGGUCUGUAUCCCAAAACCAUCUUGGGGGACAAAACCAGCCAGGGAUUCGCCCAGGGUUUGUAUCCCAAAACCAGCCUGGGAUGAUGCAUCAUGGAGGACAAAACCAGCCAGGGAUUCGCCCAGGGUCUGUAUCCCAAAACCAGCCUGGGAUGAUGCAUCAUGGAGGACAAAACCAGCCAGGGAUUCGCCCAGGGUCUGUAUCCCAAAACCAGCCUGGGAUGAUGCAUCAUGGGGGACAAAACCAGCCAGGGAUUCGCCCAGGGUCUGUAUCCCAAAACCAGCCUGGGAUGAUGCAUCAUGGAGGACAAAACCAGCCAGGGAUUCGCCCAGGUUCUGUAUCUCAAAACCAUCUUGGGGGACAAAACCAGCCAGUAUUUCGCCCAGAGUCUGUAGCACAAAACCAGCCUGGGAUAUUGCAUCUUGGAGGACAAAACCAGCCAGGGAUUCGCCCAGGGUCUGUAGCACAAAACCAGCCUGGGGGACAACACCAACCAGGGAUUCGCCCAGGGUUUGUAUCCCAAAACCCUCCUGGGGGCCAAAACCAACCAGGGCUUCGCCCUGGACUUGUAUCCCAAAACCAGCCUGGCUCAAGCUCCACUGGUGCCCAGACUUCCACAGGAUUCCUGCGCCCAGGAGCUCAGGCCCCAAACCAGGUGGGAGUAUCCCGUCCCAGUGAUUACUCCAACUCCCAGACCGGGCUCCAUGGCAGCACUGGGCUGCUCCAUCCUGGCCAUCCCAGCCCGGCUUUGGUGCACCCAGGACUCUCAUCCUGGCCAGGUUACAUCAGGCCUGGACUCCAGCCCCAGCCAGGCCUGGGACGCCCAGGGCUGCAGCCCCAGCCUGGAUUGCUCCGUCCUGGGAGCCUGCUGGAGUCCACAGCACUCUUCUACCCUUCGGCAGGGGCAGGAACGCAGCUGACACGGGAGCAGUGCCAGGUGCCAGUGGGCCGGAUGCCGUGCCUGGCUCCCCAGGGACAGGAUGGAUGCCUGCAGGCGGGAUGCUGCUAUGACGACAUGGACCGUACCACACCCUGCUAUUAUGGGAAUACCGCCACCGUGCAGUGCCUGCUGGAGGGAUACUUUGUCCUGGUGGUCCCACGGGGAAUGGUGGCGGCGCCGUACAACCCGGACAGUGUGCGGCUGGCCAGCAGCCAGGCGGGGUGUGAGCCCCUCCACACAUCCGAGGCCUUUGUCAUGUUCCGCUUCCCGGUCACCCACUGCGGCACCACAGUCCAGGUGAUUGAGGACAGGCUGAUCUAUGAAAACCAGCUGAUCUCUACCAUUGAUGUCCAGGGAUCCCCCCGUGGCUCAGUCACUCGGGACAGCGUCUACAUUCUCCAUGCUCGGUGCAUCUACAAUUCCAGCGACCUGCUUCCCUUGGGAGUGGAGGUGGCCGCGCCCCCCACGGCCGCCGCCCUGGCCAUGCCAGGCCCACUGGGGCUCCAGCUGCGGAUUGCCACCGGUGGGUGCUCCCUAUCCUGCUCCCUAUCCCGCUCCCCAAACCACUCAACCCCUCCCACUAUUCCCACAGACGAAUCCUACAGCUCCUACCACCCUGUGGGUGACUUCCCCCUGGUGAGGGUGCUCCGGGACCCCAUUUACGUGGAAGUCCGGCUGCUCCAGAAGACGGAUCCCAAUUUGGUGCUGGUGCUGCAUCACUGCUGGGCCUCCCCUGGCUCCCAUCCCACAUCCCAGCCCCAGUGGCCCAUCCUGGUAGAGGGGUGUCCUUUCCAAGGGGACAACUACAGGACUCGGCUGAUUCCAGUGGGUCCGGCCUCUCCAGAGCUGCCCUUCCCGAGCCACUACCAGCGCUUUGUCAUCUCCACCUUCACCUUUGUGGAGCCCCCUGGAAUGGCUGUGCUGGAGGGGGAGGUGUACAUCUCCUGCAGUGCUUCUGUGUGCCACCUGGCCCAGCCGGAGCCGUGCCGGCCCUCCUGCCAGCUGGGAGUGCCCUCACGAGUGCGGAGGUCUCUAGGGGACAGGAAGACAGCUGACAGCAUGGGGAUAGUCACAUCCCAGGGAUUCAUCGUCUUUCCUGAGGUUCCCAAGAGAGCAGGAACUGAGCAAAGAGGCUAAGGGCUCCAGCCUCUACCUGGAUGCCGUUGGAUGUCUCUGGGAAAGCUGGAAAAAUAAAACUAGUGCAGAGCACAGCUCUAAGGGUGGUUUGUCCUUGGGAGGGGAGGAGAGAGGGUUCCUCACCCCCCAU